GUGUGAACCGGCACGAGUACUGUUGUCGUGCUGUACGACUCGUACACAUAGUUCUGUGUGUUAUAGUGAUCAACAAAGGGUACUAGAUUUAAAAAUCGAUUGCUAAAGUGAAAUGUUGUGCACAGAAAGCGGUGACGAAUGAUGCAAGUUUGCGAUGCAUUGAUUUCGAAGAGAAAAAUAAUGAAAUUAUUGACACGCAAAGUCUGAAAUGUGAUGAAAUAUUUAUGAAAUCUCUCAAAAAUAGCGAAAUAUUUAUAAAUAUUUUUUUUCGGCAGAUUGGCCGAAAUAUUAAAAAAAAUAUUUUAUAUUUUCGUAAAUUUUUGGUUGCCCUCUUGAUAACGAAUUUUUUAUUUCGUCUCCCAAUACGACAUUCCAAGUGAAAUUUCCAUGAAUAUUCAGUUUUGUUUCUUAUUUCGACAUGAUAAUAUUAUGAGUAUAAGUGACCCAUUCGUGUGAUGAAAAAAAUAUGAUUAUACAUUUUUGAUACGAGCUGUUUGUCAUUGCGAUAGGAGUCAUAAAACUCUUGAAGGCAGACUUUGUUUGGCUGUACGUUUGUAUUGACGUGUUUUUUGAGUAUUUGAACAAACAAAUUUGAUUAUUUUUACUAUUCAAAAUAUUGAAAUAAACUCAUUUACAAAUGGAAAUUAGUAUUUGACUAUGCUUCAAACGGUUUUAAAUCAAUUGUUCAAAUAUUCGCCUGAAGUAACCACAAAGUGAAAAAUGCAUUCUACAAAGUUGUUUGGUCCAAAAAUGUAUUAUUUGGCUGUGAUUAUUGGUUUGUUGAUCAUAUACACAGUGAUGGUGAACAAUUUGAAUACUAUUCAUCCGUUGGAACGGAAGAUAAAAGCAAAAAGUCCAUCAAUCACAUUAACAAACAUUAGCCGGCAACACAAAAACAUAAAUGAACUUGUACCAUUGAACCACACAACUAUACUACAAAGGAGGAUUUCGAGUUGUUAUCAGUUUCCAGACGAUUCGAGUGGUAGUCUUUUGGCUGACAUUUCGAACGCGAAAUUAAAACCCAGCGAUAGAAGAUCAAUAUUCUUCCUCAUGACAUCGUGUUCGUGGAAAGGCAAAAUUGCUCUGAAAGCUAGACAAGUUUGCGCUGUCGAAUCAGCUGCCUAUCAUAAUCCUAAUCGGACAAUAUUCAUUCUUUUUGCAUCACCUGUUGACUUACUCACGAAUACGCAAUCAGAAACCCUUGCUGUUUUGCAAUCAUACAAAAAUAUUCACAUUCAAAAUAUUAAUUUGGACACAUUUGUUGAGGGAACAUUAGCGGAGGACUUUUAUCGCAGUGGCAAGCUAUUUGCAUCUAAAACUUUGAUUGAACACAUGUCCGAUUUCUUAAGGCUCUUAGUCCUGUACAAAUAUGGUGGAAUUUACCUUGAUACCGAUGUCGUUGUCCAGAAAAACUUGGAUGAAUUACCUGCUAAUUUUCUCGGGAAAGAGGCGUAUGAAGGAAAGAAGGUUGAUGGUGUAAAUAAUGCUAGAAUUUAUAUCAACCUUUAAGGCAAACGAAUGGAGCUACAAUGGUCCGAAAUUGCUAACACGAAUUUUAGAGAAUCGCCUGUGCCAUACGAGCUUAGCCGAAAUGACGCCGCAAAAGUGUCGUGGAUUGAAAGUGUUUCCACCGGAGGAAUUCUAUGCAAUAAAUUGGGAUAAUUGGCCACACUUUCUCGAUGUUCGACUCAGCGAUGAUGUUCUUGAGGCAACUAACAAUUCAUCGGUCGUCCACUUUUAUAACCACUUUUGGCGUGAAAAAUUGAUCAUGAAAUCUAAAUCUAAAUCGCGAACGGCAUACGAAACGAUCUCUGAGAAAAACUGUCCGAAAGCAUUCAAAGCAUCUGGAGACUAUUUUUGAGUCAUUUAAAAAAGAGUCGAACAUCUGAAAUAAUCAUUUUUUACAACUAUUUUUCAUCAAUCGUUGAAUUUGAUUUUGACUAAGAAAAUUUCGAACGAAUUCCGUGUUUAGUUGUGAGUAUCGUCCUGAAUAGGAAGCUCAGAAAGAUUUAAUUUAUUCAUUUGUGCUGUUGAUAAUUAAAAUGGGAAUACAGAAGUCUUUGAACUGAAACGCAACAUAAAAAUUGGUUUCUUUAAAACGCAACAUGAAUCAUCGCUUCAAUAGAAACAAUUUGGAUUUUGAAUGUGCUACGUUUUUAAAAAACAAAUUUGCGCUUUAGUUCGAACAGUUCUGUAUUGCCACCUUUAUUCUAAGCAAAAAAUGUUUGUAUAGUAUUUCAAAUUGAAAUAUACACAUUAAUAAAGCAAAUAAAGCCGCAUACU